AUGGCGACUGUUCAGACUGAGAUUGCGUUGGAGAAGACGGCUGCCCACCAUGUUGAGGAUACUCUGGGCCACGGUGCGCUUAUCGAAGCUAAACAAGCGACUGAUGAGGAGCACUCUCAAACGCUGUUCCAAGCACUCGCUGCUAAUCGAAAGGCUGUGGCGUGGUCGAUGUUGAUCUCGAUGUCGAUCAUCAUGGAGGGCUAUGAUACGAUUCUGAUCGGAAAUUUCUUCGCCUACCCCACGUUUAGGAAGAAGUACGGAAGCUACUAUCCUGCCGAAAACGACUACCAAGUAUCAGCUCCGUGGCAGACGGGACUCAGUAUGGCUAGCACAGUUGGAUGUAUCUUUGGCGGUAUCAUGAAUGGAUACUUCGCCUCGAAAUUUGGAUAUCGAGGUGUUAUGAUCGUGGCACUGGGAUUCCUUAACGCAUUCAUCUUCAUCACCUUCUUCGCCAACUCAGCUGCUGUCCUGCUCGUUGGCCAGAUCUUUUGUGGAUUCUCCUGGGGUGUCUUCGCAACUGUUGGACCCGCCUAUGCAUCCGAAGUAUGCCCCACGAACCUCCGUGGUUACCUCACUAUCUACGUGAACAUGUGCUGGGCCAUCGGCCAGCUCAUUGCAUCAGGUGUGUUGUAUGGUCUAGUCGACCGAACGGACCAAUGGGGAUACCGCAUUCCCUUCGCCCUGCAAUGGAUCUGGCCUUUGCCAUUGAUGGUGAUCUGCUGGCUGGCACCCGAGAGUCCAUGGUACCUUGUCCGCAAGGAUCGUCUGGAAGACGCCAAGCGUAGCAUCAGUCGACUGGGAGGAAACAAGACCGACGAUCAGAUUAACGGACAACUGGCAAUGAUGGUUCACACAACUAAGCUGGAAGCUGAAAUUGAGGCCGGGACCACAUAUGCCGAGUGCUUUAAGGGAGUGGACUUGCGGCGCACAGAAAUCUGCUGUGUAGCCUUCAUGGGCCAGGUCCUCUCCGGUAGCUCGUUUGCAUACUCCCCGACUUACUUCUUCGAACAAGCCGGAAUGUCCACCAACCGAUCCUUCCAGCUAGGCGUUGGAUGCACUGCUGUAUCGUUCGUCGGCACAGCGCUCUCCUGGUUCCUAAUCACAAAGUUCGGUCGACGAACCCUCUACGUCUGGGGCCAAGGCACCCUCGCCACCCUCCUGUUCCUAAUUGGUAUCAUCAAUGCCGCGUCCUCAAGCAGUGGAGGCAUGUGGGCGCAAGCGGCACUCUGUAUGCUCUGGCUCUUCACAUACUCCCUGACAGUCGGCCCAAUUGCUUACUCCAUCGUCUCGGAGAUGUCCUCCGUCCGGCUGCGAACCCUGACAGUCUGUCUAGCACGAACAGCCUAUCAACUCAUCAACGUCGUCUCGCAGGUCUUGGAGCCUUAUUUCAUGAACCCAACUGCAUGGAACGCGUCUGGUAAAACAGGCUUCUUCUGGGGUGGUACCGCUGUGAUGAUGUUUGCAUGGGCCUUCUUCCGUCUGCCGGAGCCUAAGGACCGUACAUAUGCGGAACUUGACAUUCUCUUCGCCAGAAAGGUUUCCGCGCGCAAGUUCGCUUCGACUCAUGUGGAUGCCUAUGCCGCUGUGUCGGCCUCUUCGCAAGAAGGACUUGUCCAUGAGGAGGUGAAGGAAAUCAAGGAGUGA